AUUAAUUUUCAUUUUAGCAAUUUUUAGGAAAUACUCCCCUCUAUGGUUAGCGAUUUUAAGUGGAAACCGGUGUAAGGAAGCUGAACGCCUGAACCGGAGCAAAACCCUGAGAAACGGCUCACUGAAAUCUGUUCGUUUCUCACUCAAUUCACCACAAUGAGUCGCACUCCAGAGAUUCUUUGGGCUCAACGCUCUGAUAAGAUCUAUUUGACGGUUUCUUUACCAGAUGCCAAAGAUAUCGUAGUGAAGUGUGAGCCUGAAGGCCUGUUUAAGUUUUCAGCUUCUGGGCCACAAGGAGAAAAGUAUGAAUGUACGCUGGAACUGUAUGGAGCUGUAGCGUCCGAGGGGUGUAAAACUAAAACAGGAUGGAGGAAUAUAUUGUGCUCAAUACAGAAAGAGCAGAAAGGCUGGUGGGAAAGACUUCUAAAGUCAGCAGAAAAAACUGCUCCAUUCCUGAAAGUCGAUUGGAACAAAUGGUGUGAUGAAGAUGAUGAAGAGUCAGAAUCUGACAACGAUGAUGAUACUGCUGCGGAUGGAGGAAGCAGUGAUGACGACGGAUUACUUUAUCUUCCCGACUUGGAGAAAGCUCGAGGGAAGUGAACCGCUGGGCAACGUGCAUGCUGAGGUAUUGGCAAUUUGCUGGAAAACAAUCAACUGCAUGGUCUAUGGAAUUACUGUUUUUCUGUAGUCUUAUAUAAAAUGCAUGAUCUAACCUUUAGGUAGGGACGAAGUAUUAGGCUUCUAUUAGCGCAAGUAAUAUCAUCUGUAAAUUGACCUAGAACUUGCUGUUGGGAAUAUCUGCUUAGAAAACAGAAUGUCCACAUUAGAUAUUUUCAAGAGCUUCUGCCUUGGUCUCAA